AUGGAGGAUAAUCGGAACAAGUCCGGAAAGGCAAAUAAAAGGAAAAUGAAGGGCGAGAAACGCAGAAAUUAUGACUCUUCACGCUUCAAGGAGUCUUAUAUGAAAGUUAUAAAGGAUAAUUGGUCAGUGUACAAGGCGUCGAAGGAAUAUGGCAUACCGUGGUCUACUUUGAGAAGACACAUAGCUACUCAUAGAGGUGAAAGUUUCGACUUACCUAAACUUGGGAGACCAUUCACAUUAGACAGCGACCUUGAAUUCCAAGCAGGAAAAGAUCACCAGUUUAACGAUGCUAAACGUAAAGCUGGGCCUUAUUGGUGGUGGUCGUUUAAAGAACGGUACGGGCUUUCAUUGCGCACGCCAGAAAAGCUUGCAGCAUGCCGAGCUGUUACUGCUAACAGACAAAACAUUGACGAUUUUUAUAAAAAGCUACUGGACGUCGUUAUUGAGCUGGAUAUUCUGCAAAAGCCUGAAAGGAUUAAUAACUGCGACGAAACCGGUGUAACGUUCGUCGUAAAACCGUCAAAAAUUGUCACUCAAACUGGAAAGAAGUCCACACACGAAACCACAGUCGCCGUUACCAGUGAGGAGACCGUUACCUCGAUUCGUGUCCCCUCUGCUUCUCCAACUCCUGGACCUUCAACUGAAAGCAACCUGAAGCGUAAACUACCAAGAGUCAAGGAUAGGAAACGAACGGUGCUCUACAUCGAUCCAUCGAUCAGGAACGCGAAUGCAGCGCAAGAAGACACGAGUGAGCGAUGUAGUGGCAGGCCAGCCGGCCGUACCAGCCGCGGCCUGCCACCGACCGCGACGCCUAAA